CUUGAUUUCAAUUUUGACUACAUAACUCCGAAUUGGUGCAUGCAUGUAUUAUACCUGUCGAUACCGAUUAUUUUAAAUUGGCCGAUAAAUCGACUAAGCCGAUUACGGCACGAUUAAUGAUCGUUAAUCGGCUCAUUUUAAAUCUGCAAUCUACCUUCUUCGAAAACGAAUAAUAUAUAUGGGUGAAAAGUUCACAAUUAUACUAUAUCAGUAUAUGUCUAAAAACCUCACGAAAUUUAACAGAAAGUCUUGUUUUACUUAGCAAUGCGCGUUCACCUGUAAUUGUUUGAGUUGUUUCUUCAAUAGUGCGCUUGCUUGCAGUUGAAACCACCAGUCACACUUUUUGUUGCGAUCUACUUGUGACCUGUUGUCUCAGGCAACGACAACAAAGACAUGUCGUGAUCGUGAAUUUGAAUUGUAACCUUUUGAACAGUAAAUAUUCUUUCAGAUAUGAAGUUGAACUUAUUCAAAUACUCAGAGGUUGGUAUCUUUAGUUCUUUGAUUUAAACUUAAUUUUUUAGUGGAGUUUUUCUUUAACUUGUGAAGUUCUUGUACAUAGAGGCAUGUGGAUCUAACACUAACAACAGAUUCAUCACGUGCAAAACUUUGCAUAUACAUAUACUAUAUAAGUAUCUUGUAAUUAUUUUCACUAUAAAGCCCAGAUCAAAGGAUGAGAGUUGGCAGUCACGCGAGCUUGGUUAGCUGUUCUUAAUGCUUUUCCAACACUAUCAUGUAUUCAACAAAACAUAGUCGGAACCAUAGAUAUCUUAUAUACACAAGAUAGCGCAUCUCUUUUAGUAAAAUUGAAACCAAGAAAAUUCCAGCGGUUACCCCCAUUUGAGUAGAUGGCGGCCAUGUUGGUCGUUCCCACUUGCUAAUAAACGCUAGUUAAAAACAACAAUAACUUUCAUCAUUUGUAUAGUUUCAAAACGUAUUUGGAAUAGGGUUAACUUAAUGUUUAAGUUCCCUGUUUAAGAAAUAGAAAACAUUAUACGAGUCUUCUCAUUUCACGGUAACCGGACCUGAGACUGCAAUCACGGCUUCAAUUUUUGAAUUGCAGAAUAAUUAGAUUCACUAUAUCUAGUCAUGUAUAUAAGAUAUCUAUGGUCGGGAGUAGUACGUCGGAACACUGGAAUUUGAUUCUUCAAUUAGGCCUAAUUGAAAACAAGGUUGAAACGUCAUGGCAUGCGCCGAACUCAUUGUUCGAGGUUUAAUCUACGUCCACACGGGGCUGAGGAUUCAUUACGAGACGAAAAGUGUUCACACAGAACCAGAUGAAUUGUAGUCCCUGAAGUAUUUACGUACUUCAUGUUAGUUUAAUGUAUUGAGUUAGUAUUCUUCUCAAUCCUCUACCGUACAAAAUGGUCUUGAAAAAGACUCGUUCCGCUGUUCACAUGGCGCCGUCAAAUUUAGGAGCCGAAAACCGGUACAAAACGAGACCUAAUUUUUUUUGGUCUCGAAUAGUCGUACGGUUAGCCGUGUUGGAAUUCGUCCGGUUUCAUGUGCCCCGUGAAAACGCAAGGCGAAAACGGACAAAUUUGAGUACGGAUCUCCCCGUGUGAACGGACCUAGAUUAUAAUAGCCAAAUAGGUUCGGCACAUGAAAAGUUCGGCGUAUCAAGGUCUUAAAUAUUAUCAUCUCAUUAGGCAAUUUUUAAUAUAAUUUGUUUGAGGUUUAAAUUAAAGUACAAUUCUCUGACUGGUACUCCUUAUUCCCGCGUACUUGAGCUUGCACAAACUUAAGAUUAAAGGUGUACUUUUAGUCUUAAAAAUCAAAUGCAUAAAGUACAAGUUUCUGAAAGGUAUUCAGUAACUUGAAACAAUGAUUUUAAACAAGGAACACAAUUGCAUAAUAUACAAACACCACAUAUAUUAUAAUUGUUGGAGGUUUAAAUUAUAAGUUCGGCACUUAAGAGGUUCGGCUUUCGUCUAAGCCUUGAUGCCUGUGUACACUUGCAAUUUUUGCUGCGAUUUUAGGUGCGAUUUUCUGCUUCUGAUGCACGUGGACAAGCAGAUGAGUAUGAAUGUUUGAGUGUUUCACCCUCGUCUCAUCCACUCGUUCACAUCCAUAAAAAGAAGAAAUCGCAUCAAAAAUUGCAAGUGUAAACAGGGCUUUAGAUAUAAUAGGGAGCUUAAGAAAUCUACGUCGCGGACUUGACGAAAAACUGCCGCUAUUGGACACCUUAAGAUUGACGUUUACGGCAAACGUCAAACCGCUAGCGAAGUUUUUGAUUUUACCACUCUAUUAUAAUAGCAUUUACACCAGUUUGGAAAUAUGUUAAACAAUUAUUAAACUUGUGCUCUUUAGGAAUUAUUUAAGAAAGCAAAUUAACCACUAGUCGGGUAUUCACCAAAGCAGUAAAUUAAGAUUUGUCGUUUGAAGUUUACGUUUGGCGUAUAAAUUUCAUACUUGAACUGCUACGAGGGCUUGUAGUCGUUCAAGCAUGAAAUUUAUACGCCAAACGUAAACUUCAAACGACAAAUCUUGAUUUACUGCUUUGGUGAAUACAUGACCAGUGGUUCAUUUGCUUUCUUAAAUCAUUGUUAAAUACCACAAGUUUAAUAAUUGUUUAACAUAUUUCAAAAUUGGUGUAAAAGCUAUUAUAAUAGAGUGGUAAAAUCAAAAACUUCGCUAGCGGUUUGACGUUUGCCGUAAACGUCAAUCUUAAGGUGUCUAUUAUCACAGUUUCGCUUCACGGGUAAAAGCUAUGGAUUAUUAUAAGUAAUAGCAUAGAAAGAGGCGAAUUAGCUAUUAAAACGUCCCGCCCGAUGAGGGUCGUUUAGUAAAAUUCCCUUGGGCGCCGCUCGAUGAGGGUCAUUUAGUAAAAUUCCCGAGGGCCGAAGGCCCGAGGGAAUUUUACUAAAUGACCCGAAUCGAGCGGCGCCCAAGGGAAUUUUACUAAACGACCCUCAUCGGGCGGGACGUUUUAAUAGCUAAUUCGCCUCUUUCUAUGCUAUUACCUUGUAAUAUCAUGAUUGCGGGUAUUCCCGUUGUUCUCGCAGGGCCAUUAAAAACCAAUUAACAAUAAAUAAUGGUAUAAAUUAAAUGGUAUAAUUGUUUUCCAUGUCUUUGUUUAGUUUUGGCGAUUUCAGAUAUAUUCAUUUUUUCUAAUCGUACCCGCUUUGACGUCGUUUCGGGUAGGAUUACAACUAAUUCUACCUGACAUGACGUAAAAGCGGGUAGGAUUAGAAAAAAUGAAUAUAAUGAAGUGUAUUAGUUAUUAAUUGCCCUGCGAGAACAAAGGGAAUACCCGCAAUCAUGAUAUUAUUGUUGGUAAACGUAGCCAGGGACACGAGAAAAAACAAAGUAAAACUAGUCUCCAAUUAUUAGGACUGUUCUUUAGUCGCGUCGCAGAUGUGGUGCAUGAAAAAUACAAGGAGACAGGGACACUCUUCGCGAGCGAAGGGUGAAGCGUAUUUUAUAAAAUUACUAAUUACGUCAAGAAUUUGUUAAAUACACAUUAAAUCAUACCGAAGACUAAAUGCUCUCAGUUUAUUUAGUCAGUUCUAUCAUUGGUGAAAUUUCAAUAAAUUGAAACUUUUCCAUGCCUACAAGCAGACAUGAGAAAGCAGCCUCUAUAUAGGAACCCUUAUAUCACUUCUGAGAUCGUGGGUUAGAUAUGACGAGAAAUUAUCUGAACGGCAAAUUAAUUAGUAUUUUUUAAUCUUUUAGGCUUAGCUGAACAAAAACGAGGCCAAUCAACAUCAUAAUGUUUGUUUGCAUAGACAUGAAUGCAUUUUUUUAAUUAAAAACUGCUCUGCGACGGAUAAAGGUUACAAUUAUCGGAUAUGUUAUUGUUGCAACGGCAGAAAUGUUUAAAUUUCAGAACUUUAUGCUUUCCAUCAGGCAUUGGAAUAGACCAUCACGAUGUGUUUUUACUUUGUUAACUUUGCUUGUUUUCCUGCUGAUAAUGUUACGGAAAUUUGAGGGUAUAACAUGGUUUGUGAAGUUUUCUGCCGAAGGAAAUUACCCACCAGAAACACUGGAAGCUACCAUGAACAAGAAGGACUAUAACAGUUUGUACAGUGUUGUGGAAACCGUCAACCCUGCAAUUGCCUGGCAAUCUCUGGUGUUAAAUAUUUUACCAAGUUCUUCAAGCAAUGUAAAAAUCGGCAUGAGUACUUUCUGGGGAAGAGCAACAAACGAACUGGAAAUUAUUGCAUUAAACAUACAACAUAUUAGCAAUGACAUCUACAAGGCUGAAUUCAAACCGAGUUUUGGUGGUUUAUAUAAAGUGGAUAUAUACUUGACUUAUGUUAACGGGGAACAGUUUGAAUAUUAUGCUCGUCAUGUAAGAUCUAGGAUGGUGAAUGUAACCGGCUCGCCAUUUCUCGUCCUCGUUCAAAGCCGCCCUCGCCCGGAAAAUGUAACACGUUAUUGUUCACAGUCUGAGAGUGGUACAGCACAGGGUAGAUGGGUGAAAUGUGGAUCCUUGAGUGGUAUAGAGAGGUAAGAAAUGUGUUUGACUAGAAGCUAACAAAUCAUGGUGCCGACUGCGCAUUUAUGCAAAUGCGCGCUUUUCAUAAUUUAAAUUGUAAUUGAUUCAUAACAUGAGACCGUUAUUCAAUGUAAUAUCGUAGACAUAGCUACCUCGGAAUUCUUUGUUUCGCAAUGGACGAUUAAUGACUAAUUUACCUCAUAUUACUAAAACAUGAGGUGCAUAACCUCUUAAUAUAUUGAUAUAUUAAUAGUGAUGAAAUGUCCCUCAAGCCUCGAGAGGUUUAGUAAAAGUCCCUCGGCGCUGCGCGCCUCGGAUCGAUAACCGUGCGCAAUUUUGACUGCGCCAAUAUAACAUAUAACCCAUAUGCCAGAAGAUUAUAAUCUAAACUGUACUUUUGUCUUUAGAUGCGGUGGGUGGCAACUUAUUCCUAAAUUUGACUUUGAUGGACGUCAUGGUUAUUUCUGGCUUCCCUAUUCAUGCCAACUGCACUAUUACAAUAACAACGAGAUGAAAACGUGUCUGGCAAAAAAUGGUUAUGAAAGAAUCGUGUUCACAGGCGAUUCACACUCUCGCUUCAGGACCUACCACUGGGCAACACGACUUUACGGCGCAUGCAAGAAAUGUGGCAAAAACCAUGUGAAGACAGUUUUUGAUCACGUGCCCAAGAUGGAAUGGAUCUUCGAUGCACGUGGUACUCGGUGGCCUGCGACGUUUCCGAAGUCAGUCCGAAGACCGAACGAAAUCUAUGUUCAUCCCAAGACUAGACGCUCGCAUUUCUCGUACUCAUUUCCAAAUUCGACCCUGAACGGUGACCUCUAUUUUAUGAAUUUUGGCCAUUGGCUUUUACGCGAGAUGACGUUUAAAAAGUACAUGGCGGAAAAAGUGGUUGCUUAUUUACAAGGAGUUACAUUGAUGAAUAGUACAAGAUGGAUUUCUCACUCGAAAAAAGGAAUCGCAAAAGACGUAAACCUUUUGGAUCAUAGAAGACGGGUAUCGAAUUCAAAAGCGAAGCGAAAAAGAUUCUUAUGGGUGAAUAGCUUGAGUCUAAAAUGGCGCGAAGAUAAACACGUUACUAAUUGGACAAUGACACCAUCGCCUUCAACGAUUGGUUAUUUGAAUUCCUUUCUGGAUCAAGCAAUGAGAGACGCGGGUAUUCAGGUUGUGGACGCCUUUCAGAUAUCCAACCCGCGCCUGAGUGCCGUCCAUGAUGCAACUCAUUAUGCUAAACUAUUCCCCGAUGGUAUCUGUGCUGGAGUCGUAGAAAAUACCGUCACUAAUGUUAUCUUAAAUGCCUUGUGCAAUGAAUGAUGACAAGAUUUUAUAAGAUUUUUUGUAUGGUCAAAAUUUUAAAACAAAGUAAUAGGAAAUUAAUGAAUUAUAUACUUGGAAAGAACUUUUAAAAUUAUGUAUAGAAUUCCAUUAAUCUUUUGUAAAUAUUUUGACUGCAAGGUUUGAUGGGAAUUUUAUAACUUUUUUCGAUCUUCCCAGCUGCGAAAAAUGUAUCUAUUCUUUGUUUGCAAUCACGUGAUUUUUCAUCCAAAUACGGAAUGGUUGUAGCAAGAAAAACUGAACGGUAAUUCAUCUUUUGAGUCUUAAACAGUCUUUAAACUCGAUCAAUACAUCAAAAUAGCCGUUUUUUGUUAUACCUGCCAGUCAGCUGAAAUUCCAAAAUUAUGUCAUUGCAAACAAGGCCUGGGGCCAGUUGUUCAAAGGUGGGUUAGCGCUAACUCUGUCCCUGGGUUAAAAUUUAACCUGCUGUUUUAGUUUGUGUAUUUCUACACGUCUGUUUAUUUCAAAACUUCAGAGAAGUAAACUCUUAUCGAUCCAGACAAGAUCUCUGAAGAAAUAUUUCCAAAUUUAUAGACAAGCUGUCAGGAAGUUUGCUUUGAAUUUUACGUUA